UCACAGUGCUUUCUUGUAGCUCUUUAGUAUAAUUGAUUAUCAGAUAUACAGGUUAAAUGAAACAUAAGUUUAAUCAUGAGUGAUAUUAUUUAUGGUUACAAUAUAUUCUGAACAGAAAUAACGUCGUUUUGUACGGUAAUCAUCCCAAAAAUACGACAUGGAUCAGAACACAAAGUGUCACAUUUAAACCACCGUGGCUUUGAAAUUAUUGUAGGCCUAAGAACUAUCUACGAUUUCUAUAAGCACAGGAACAGUGACAAGGAUAUACUGCAUAAGACUGAACCGCAAAUGCUAUGAUCAGCAUGAUGGGAAAUUGUAUAGCGUGGACUAAAAAGAAACGUGAACCUAGGAGGGCAGUUACUCUAGUCAUUCUUGGCAUAGACAAUGCCGGAAAGACAGUGGCAACAAAAGGCUUUCAAGGAGAACCUGUGGAAGAUGUAGCACCAACAGUGGGUUUUGACGUAGCAGAGUUUAAAUUUCAAAAAUUCGACAUCACAUUAUAUGAUCUCGGAGGUAGAAAAAACUUUCGAGAUGUGUGGCAUAACUACCUAGCAGAGGUCCAUGGAGUAAUAUAUGUGAUAGACUCUAGUAAUCAUGAAAGAAUAGAAGAAACUAGGCUUGCACUCAAGAAUCUCAUAGAACACCCAUGUAUAGGCGGAAAGCCUAUUUUAAUACUAGCAAAUAAACAAGAUUUGGACAAUGCCUUGGAUGAGUUAGAUAUCUGUGACAGACUCAAUCUAGAAGAAUUAGUUAAUCAAAAUAAGUGUCCAACAAGAGUGGAACUGUGCUCUGCCUUAUCAGGCACAGGUAAAAAGAUGGACAAACCCAUAAAAGAAGGAAUGCUGUGGCUACUGGAAAGAAUAUCUGGAGACUUUGAAAGUUUGGGUGAAAGAGUAAACAAGGAAAAGGAGGCACAAAGGCAGCGAGAAGCUGAAGAAAGGAAGUUGAAAAGGGAGCGAGUCAGAAAGAUAAAAGAAGAAAGGGAGAAAAAAGAGGCAGAAGAAAGAGCUAUGAGAGGUGAGCAGGAUGAAGGGGAAAAUGAAGAGACUGAUUUUGGUGGUGAUCCGUUCAAACGUUUAGACAUUGCAGAGUUGGAGAAAAAGGAUGCAGCAUUGAAGGCAAAGAAAAAGCAAAAGAAAUUAAAAGAGCAGCAAAAAAAUAAAGAUGAUGAUUUAGAUGUUGAAAAUUCUGAAAGGACUAAUUGCUUAAAUGCUGAUAAGAACCAACAUAAAACAGAUGAUGUGAAUGAAGGUAGUCAGCCUAAACAAUCUGUGGAGGAUCUAUUGUUUGGUACAAGUAAUACAAAGAGUAGUGACAGUAUGGAAAUGUCUUUGCCUGCCAGAAAAAACAUCCUAAGUCUGGAUGGAUCAGAACCAGACCAAGAUGUGGGAAAGAAAAAGAAAAAGACAAAAAAGAAAGCUAAGCGUAACCAGACUGCCCCAGGUGAUGAUGAUGGUGUUGCACCCAAGGCCUACCCUGAUGCUUUGGCCCCACUCACAGGAUGGCAAACACCCCCAGGGCAGAGAAGUUUGAUAGAGAGACCAGUCUCUAGGUCACCAAGACUGGCACCCAUUGCCGAACCAAGAAAUACUACUUUUGGUAAUAACUGGAAAGACGAGCUACCAGAGCUGCCCCCUAUUAGAAGAAUUGGUCCCAACACAGAUGCAGAUGAUGUAGUUACGUGAUCUUGGUCAAUAAACAUUUGGGAAUGUUGCAAUACAUUAGCACUUGUAUAGCAAAUCUUUGGAGAAUGUGAUGUACACAUUAUUGACAUCCUUUGGAUUGUCCUGUUCAUUCCCACCAAGGAUUCAGAAUUUGAUUGGAAUUAUUUCCACCCAUCUUUGUGUCCUUACCACUGUUAAAAAAAAAAAAGAAAACAAAUGAGAUAUAUGGAUGAUGUUGAACUUAUGGACUAAGACGUAAAAUUCUUAUUAUAGGAUCUUGACAAAGUACCUUGAGUAAUUUGUAUGUAAUUGCUUAUAAUUUGUUUAUUAUAACAGUUUAUAUUGCCACAAUUUUUAAAAUUUUUAUUCUCUUUUUGUCAUUUUAUUCAAAGAGUUGUCUGCAUUAAUAUGAGCAGUGAUUAAACUAUGGAUAUUUUAAAGAUCCAUUAUGAAAGUGUUAUUGGAUCUUACCAUGGGUUGAAGCAGAUUUUAAAAGGAGAUAGAUCACUUAACUUCUUCAUUUGAACCCAAAUUUAUCAUUAUUCAUUCUGUUUUAUCUUCCUGCAUCUAUUGUACUGUGGGGAUGUCGGAUUGCGUAACUGCCCCGCUCAAAGCACUCAGUAUUAGUAAUUAUCUGCAAUGUAUAAUUUUAGAAUUUCGUAUUGGUGCUUAAUUUUUAACCCUAUGUAAAGUUAGUAAGUUCUGUUCUUCAUGUCAAACCUGUUCAUUAUCCUUAAAUGUUUGUUUUUACUGUUAUAGUACUAAGUGUAUAUAUAUUUUUUCAUUUAUGGAUAUUGUGUGUGACAAUCUCUUAGUCAGAUAAAUGCAUUAAGAAGAUGAAAUGUUAUGUUUACAUUCCAAUCAAAAAGGGUUACUUUUUAAAAGUAGAAUGUAAGGGCUUGCAUACUGUGUAAGCUAGAAGAAAUGUAGUUUUGCUAUACCGUCCAUAUUUGUUUUAUGGUGUUGAACAUUUUGAUGUUUUCAAGGUUAACAAUGGAGAUGUGUAGACAUUUGAUUGUUGGAAGUUGAUAAAUGCCAUGACAUUUGGCAAUAUGUAUUUUCCUAUCGUACUUUUGUAUGUGUAUUGCUAUGCACAUAAUAAAUUUUGAUAAAACA